AUGAAGCCCUACAUUGGAAUCCCACUCGUUUCAGGUCUCGUAUACCGAGCCUGGUCCCGCAAGUCCCUCACUCCACUCGGUAUCGUCGUCGCGGCAUUCUCAGCCUCCGCACACGCGCUCCAUCCAUGGUCUGCCCCGGUCGCCCUACUAGCGGUCUUCUACUUUGGUGGCACAAAAGUCACAAAGGUCAAGCAUGAUAUCAAGUCCCGCUUGACGCUCUCCGCAGCCGGUGCGGAGGGCGGCGAAGGCCCCCGCAAUCACAUCCAAGUUUUGGCCAACUCCGUCGUCGCAACGGUGCUGUCAAUAGCGCAUACAAUUGUGCUUUCAAGAACAGGCUCAGAGUCAUGUUUCUCGUUCGGUCAAAAUACAGCAGAUAUCCUGGUCGUCGGAAUUGUCGCGUACGUUGCUAUUGCUCCUGCAUUCGCUAUUUGGUUCACUGCUGACAAGAUUUUGGCACUUUAUAGGAAUUAUGCUGCUGUUGCCGCAGACACGUUCUCCUCCGAGCUCGGCAUUCUUUCGAAAUCCAAACCACGUCUCAUCACCUCGCUCACCCUGCGUGAGGUCCCACCAGGCACGAAUGGCGGUGUCACGGCUACUGGUCUUGGGGCUGGUCUUCUUGGCUCGUUUAUCGUCUCUGCCACCUCUGCUGCCGUUCUUCCAUUCUGUGCUGGCGCGGGUAUCAAGGAGCGUGCUUUGUGGACUGUCGCUAUGACGGCGUGGGGCACGUUGGGCAGUGUGCUUGAUAGUGUUCUGGGUGGGAUCUUGCAGGCUAGCGUGGUUGACAAGAGGAGUGGGAAAGUUGUUGAGGGAAGUGGUGGUCGGAAGGUUCUCGUCCAUCCUUCCGGUAAGGUGGUUGCUAUUGACUCUGCCGAGGCUUCAAGUAUUGACAAGUCUCAGGCUGCCACUUUACGUAGUGGCAGCUCUAGCACGCUGGCGCGAGAUGAAAGUCUUGAGAGCCGACGCGUUGAGACUGGUCAUGACUGGCUGGAUAACAAUGGAGUCAACUUGCUCAUGGCUGCCACGAUGAGUGUUGGGGCCAUGGGAAUCUCACAGUGGGUCUGGGGACUGGAUAUUGCUGAUCUGCUGUAA